ACCAAGGUCCAUAUAAGUGAGGUGACCUGUCCGUACCAACAACCAGUGGCAGAGUGGAAACUUGAACCCACAUGCUAUAGCGCAGUCGUUAAGCCCCACCGGCUUCUCGCUCUCCUAAAUCUGGGGCCGCUUCCAGCCCUGGCGCCAGAACGCAGAGUCUCUGGUUCUGAGGUGCGCCCCUCCGGGUCUCGCAAGCGGCCGGACUCGAGGCUGCGGCCGUCAUUGCUUCUACAAUCAGUGCAUGUUCCUCGCUGACGUCAGUAGGAGCUGUCCGGGAGCUAUAUAAGGCUGGCGGCGGUCCCGGGACAGACCCCGUGUUCCCCAAGGCGCCCUCAGCCCGCCCGGGGGACAGAGACUGGAGCGCCGUCCUGCAACGUGCAGACGCUCUCCGGCAACCUGGCCGGCGGCACCAUGAGGCAGGUGGGACGCGCGGCGCUGCUGGCGGCGCUGCUACUCCUGGCGGCGCUGCGCCCGGGGAGCAGCCAGUGGAGCCCGGAGGCGGCGGUCGCGGGGGUCCGGGACCCGAGUCUGCGCUGGAGCCCUGGGGCGCGGAACCAGGACGGCGGGGCCCGCGCGCUACUCUUGCUGCUGGCCGAGCGCUUCCCGCGCCGCGCGGGGCCGGGAGGAUGGGGACCCCGGACUGCGGGAGAGCGGCCGAGACGGGACGACCCUCCGCUAUCCAUUGACCUCACCUUCCACCUGCUGAGGACCCUGCUGGAGCUGGCGCGGACGCAGAGUCAGCGGGAGCGCGCCGAGCAGAACCGCAUUAUAUUCGAGUCCGUGGGCAAGUGAUCUUCGGGGGGGUCUGCGGCCACGAGAACCUCGACCCCCGUCCUCCACCCCCUGGGCCGGGACGUGCGCGACUGGAACUGACCCAGUCCCGCCGGGCUAUAGCGGCCCAGGGAUGCCCUGAGCACUCUGUGCGUCACCAGUUUUUAAUAAAAGUGCUGAAGAGCC